UGAAGUUUUGAAAAGUGAAACUCUAUAUUUGGAGUUUCAAUCUUCAAAACUUCAAAUUUGAAGUUUUGAAGUUUCUUUUUGGAGAGCAAAAAACUCUAUAUUUAGAGUUAUAGAGUUUCUUUUGGAGAUGCUCUUAAAUAGCCAAACCUCAUAAUGCAUUAUGAUGCGUGGAACAAAAUAAUUGAAGGAUGUUUUCUUGUAUUUUUGAGUGUUUUAUACUCCAUCCGUUUCAUAAUACUUGAUGUUUUGUAAUAGUGCACAAAAAUUAAGAAAAUUACAUUUCUCUAUAAACAUAUUUUAAACAUAUAAUUUUAAAAUCAGUUAACCAAUUAUAAAAAAGAUUGUAAAAUCUAAUUGGUUAAACAGUUUCCAAUAAAGUUAAAGUUAACCUUAAAAUCUCAAAACUUCGUUAAAAUCUCAAAAUUUCGUGUAAAUUGAAACAAAAUAAACCUUCUAAAAUAUCAUUUAUAUUGAAACGGAGGGAGUAUAAAAAGUUAACCGAACCAUAAAGAAAGCGAAGGCAAAAUGUCAACAUUUAAGCCAAUUAGAGUAAAGGUUUUUCUAGUGGAUACCGGCUCUCAAACUUUAGCGCCAAUGAUAAAGUGGAAAAGAAAUUCAUAGAUAUUUCACCUCAUAAAUCUUUAAAAUAAUAAAGUCAAAAACAUCACGUCAAAAAGAAAAUAAGAAAACUAAAAGCCAAGACCAUCACUACGUUCCGACUAUCAUUUUUAGAGCAACGGUAAAAAAUGUGCAAUCCUUAGUCAAAAUCCUUAAUGCUUUUUUUGAUUAAAAAAAUAUUAAAAGAGGAAGGUAAAGUUAAGAAUGAUCCUUAAUUAAGGAUUAACACACUGUAGUUCUUAGUGACGUGGCAGAGCUUGUGAUGAAAUCAAUUGUGAUCUACCAUCUAUCUAUCUAGAUAACGAAGAAUCUGAAGAAACUAGAAACCGUCAGAUCGGAGAAUCUGGAGUGUGGUGGUGACUUACCGGAGAUACCAGCGGUGCAGUAGACGAGAGCGAAGAUCAUACCACCGAAAGCCCAAGCGAUGCCUUGGAUUCCAACGGACGCACACAUGCUCGGUGACCUCUUCACACCCAUGACUGUCAACACAGUGAUGUAAAGGAAGAGAAACGUGGCGAUGAACUCGGCGAUUCCGGCUCUCCAGAAGGACCACGAAGCAAGCUCGCCGGGCUCGAACAACGGCGCAGGAGCUCAUACAUCUCCGAGCUCUGUUCGCCGUCUUCAGUUAAUAAUCCUCACCGAUCGCUUUCACCGGAACUCUCGCAUAAGUUAACAGAGAGACAUAAAAGGAUGAGUGGGUUUAGAGCAUUCAAAGCACAGGUGCCCAUUCAAUGGAGCGAGAGCUUGUACAUAACCUUAGUGAGAGGUCUCCCUGGAACCAGGAAGCUUCACAGGCGUACACUCGAGGCUAUGGGACUCCGCAGAUGCCAUCGCACUGUUUUGCACUCUAACACUUCUUCCAUUAGAGGAAUGAUUCAACAGGUCAAAAGGAUGGUUGUUGUUGAGACGGAGGAGAUGUUCAAAGCUCGCAAAGAAGCUGAAGCCAACCACAAAGCUCUCCGCCCUCCGCUUGUUGUCAGUCAUUCAAUCCCUGCAACAGGCUCAUCCAACAUGUCUUGAGUAUUUCAGAGGAUGCUAAUAAGAAAUGUUGGUAUCAAUGGGUUUGGUGCCUCUUAUAUUUUUGUAUACGCUAGAUACUUGUGUAUGUUUGCUCUCAUUUUGUUAUAUCCUAAGGAUUUCAAAUUAGAAAACACCAUUGGAGAUACAAUUUUGAUUAGAAUCCUUAACUAUUCAAAUUAAAAAAAAAUAGUUUAAUAAUGUUAAGGACUCCAAUGGUGGUAACACCAUUGGAGAUGCUCUUAGGUUAUGUAACAAUACACAAAAGCAUGAAACAUGUCACAAAAGAAAGACGAUUUAUAUACGAUUCUCGCACAACCAAUUGAAAGCCAUAUGACACACUAAGAUAUUAGUUAUUAACAUCAAGCAUGCUAUAUUAAUAAUUUAAUAUGUAUAGUGUGGUCAGGGUUAAAAUUUCAGAAAUAAUUUACAUAAAAAUAAAUCCUCAAAUUUGUGAAAAAAUAUUGUUUAUAAAAACUCUUACUAAAUUGUUUAUAGCUCCUAUAAUAUCUAGGACCCCCUUGAGUGUGCUUAAGGUUAACUAUCUUGUGCGAUGUAUACAUGAGCAUGUGUAACGUUUAUUACCAAACUGGUAAAAAUGAAAACCCUUACCAUGAAUAUGCCAUACGUACACUCACACAUGCAAAGAUAACUA